AUGCACGCACCCUUGCUCACCGCUUUGCCUUUCCUUAUAACUUUGCCACCGUCUCUCUUGUGGCUGCUUGUAGUAGUAGUUAGCUUACUUUUUUCUUUCUUUGUUCUCACUUGUUUCCUUCUCUGUCUCUUGUCUUCCCUUUCCUCUUUGUCCCUUUCGUCGCAGUGGACUCGUGCGACCAGCUUCCUCUCCCAUGGCUCCUUGCAGAUUUCUCUACUGGACUGCCGCCAGCGUAAAACUAAUUUGACAGCUUUUCAACGACCCGUCACGCACCGGUACUCUUUUUCUACCCUUCUCUGCAACAGGUCCCAACACGCUUCAACAAACGCCAUGGAGCAAAAGUCCGUUGUCUCUAAUAGAACGCGCUCCAGGUUCUCUUCUGCCUCAUCUAAGGCCUUGGCUGUCCGUGCUGAACUGGAGAUGGCUAAAGCGGGCCUGCUCUUCGUGGAGAGAGAGAAUAAACUGCGCGAAGCAAAGGCUAAAAUGGAGUCUGAAGAGAAAACUGUAGACGCCCAAAGGGAGAUAGCUCUCAAAGAAGCCGCACUAAAGGCCUUUGAAGAGUAUGUCUCGCUUAGUGAGGGAAAAUCCAGCAUUCACCUUGACCAGACUCCUGCCGAUCCCAUGCAGCGCACGAGAGAAUAUGUGGCCGAACAGACGGCUCAACUCAUCUCACAACCUGCCGCUCCGCAAUUGGUACAAUCAUCCGCCCUGCAACACAUACGCUCUUCUGCAUCCCAAUUCGAUCAGCCCACCAACUCCGAAGCCUCCUUCUACUACUUCCCCGAUCCCAAGACCGAUCCAUCUGAUGAUCGGAGGAGGAGGUACUCAACUGAAAACCGCCAUGACCAUUCCAGUGACCUAACGCGUUACUUCGCCCGGCGAGAAUUACUUCAAGCCAGUAUGUUGAAAUUCUCGGACAGACCUAAGGACUAUCAAGCAUGGAAACGUUCAUUUCGCAACUCCAUUGUCGACCUGCGAGUGAAGAAAUGGAUUUGCUUGUGA